AUGAGUUUACAUUUUGCUGUCGAGAAACUAAACACGACAUGGAAAAACUUAAUCACUGCAUAUUUAAUUAAACAAAUGCACACGCAAAUGAACAACGGAAAAGAAAAAAAUGUUUUACAACUUAAUCGCCAUUGGUCGACUUGUUCAACACUUCUUUGUACUUCCCUUUUAAUUUUUAACACUUCCAAACUCUGUGCUUAUGGUAAUGAAGUGCCAACCUCACUGCUCGCAAAAACUCGCUAUGAUUGCGCUUCACACAUGACUCAGGUUAUAACAUUACAUGGUGGUGAUGUGACUAAUUUCGAGAAUGGCAUGCUGCACUCAAAUGAAAAAGAAUGUGAAAAAAUUUCGACAACAAAGUUGCCAAGUUUCACAGCCUACCCACCUUUACGACUUUCAGAUGAAACGCAAUUUCAGAUGAUGAAAUAA